GUCAUCAACUGCAGCACUCUGCUGGGAGAUAUGUGUUCAGUGGUGGUGACAGGGGGCUCCGGGUUCCUGGGUCAGCACAUCGUCAAACACCUCCAGUUAAAUGCUCCCUGGGUGACAGACAUCAGGGUGUUUGAUUUGGUACCCUUUGUCAAGUUUCUCGACUACAAAGACAGAUUAAAGGUAAAGAGUUAUACAGGGGGUCUAGGGGAGACAGCCGCUCUUAGGAAGGCUUUCUGUGAUGCAACUGCUGUGAUCCAUGUGGCCUCUAUUAUAGAUGUUAGGUUUCAGCCAGAUAAAAAACUUCUUCAAAAAGUUAAUGUCCAGGGCACCAUGAAUGUGAUCUCUGCCUGCCUGGAGGAGUGUGUCACUAGUUUGAUUUACUGCUCCUCUAUCAGUACCGUUCAAGGCUACUCCCACUGUCUGGGAGGGACUGAAGCAGAACUCAAGGACGUCAGUCCAUUGUUAUUCAGAGAUUAUGGAGGUACCAAAAAGGAGGCAGAGAAACUGGUACUGAACGCUGACAGAACACUCCUAUCAAAUGGGAAGAAAUUGAGAACUGUAUCUUUAAUACCGCCAACAAUGUAUGGAGAGGGAGACAAGCUGAUUGCCAUGAUCCUACAGUAUGCAGAAGAAAACAAGGGCACAUUCAUACGCAUGGGCAGAGGACACAAUCUUGAAGCCUAUGCCUAUGUUGGCAAUGUAGCUUGGGGGUUUGUAUGUUGUUUAAAAUCAAUGUAUGGUGAUCCUCACUUUGGAAAUGAGAGAAUGUUUAUCAUGGACGACACUCCUCCCCAAUCUCUUCAGGUACUGAGUCAGCCAUUUUUAGAGAGUAGGGGGUUUAAAUUGACAUCGUAUUACAUCCCUUUGUUUUUGGUGUUUGCCAUUUGUCUUAUUGUGGAAACAUUUUGUCUUCUAAUUUCACCAUUUAAAAGAAUCUCUUUUUCCCUGAGUUUAUCAGGAAUUAUUUUUUCCACAAGGAAAUUUUACGUUAAGUAUGACAAAGCUAAGACAUUGAUUAAAUACUCUCCACUGUACUCAUUUGAGAAGGCUGUGAAGCAAUCUUUGCCUUAUUAUAAAAAUUUGAAGCUGAAAAAUUAACAGGCACUCUUUUUUUUUUUUUUACCUGUGAUGUUUUUGAGUGACAAUUUUGUGGACAGCUGUUAAAUAUCUGUUUUUUUUAAUAUGCUGAUUUGAACCUGGCUGUCAUCAAGAUUACAUAUAGAUAUUUUAUAUAUUAUUAUUAUGAAGAAUGACCUUUUUUUUGUUAAUAAGAAUUUACAUGUUAUUGUGAUUCACUGUGUUACAGUGUUUUUAGUAGAUCGUGUGUAUGGUUUUUGAGUAUUGAAUGUGCAAUUAAUUGUUAACUAUACAAAGUAUUUUUGAGCCAUACAGUUAUUUUGAGACUGAAAAAAGAACAAUCCAUCUGUUUAUGUAUGUUUAUCAGUUUACAUAAUGAUGUACUUUAAUGCCUUUCCAUAAGUUUAUGACAAUUCCUUAUACUUAUAGAAUGACACAUUUAGCAUGACUAUUCUAGCUCUUAAUGUGGCUCUGUCAUUAACAUACACAGACUUGCUCACUUAAUACAAGGUUGUUUUUUUUUUAAAUCAAAUGAUUUGAUGUAACUUAGCUAAUCAGUGAGAGACAGAAUAUCCCAAGUCUUGACAUUUGUUAUCAUUCUCUUUACCUAUUUUAUUUUGAUGAUUUUUUAAUAAUAUGUCCACAAUCUGUAUAUAUAUGUGUGUUUCAUUCAUAAUUGUAGAUCUGGCCCUCAGUGCAAAAACAUCUGUAUGUUUGUAAAUAUUCAUUUCAAAAUUAUAUUCUACAGUGUUUCUACAAAGAAAUACUCAUUCACUAAUAUGUAAAUAUAAUUGAACAUAUAACAUAUACUCAUAAAUAGUAAUACAGUAGGCCUAUAUGUACAUAUUUUUAUACACCCUGCAAAAUUUAUAGGUAUACUUAAAUGGUUAUAUGGUAAUACAUGUACAUGUACAUAUUUCUAUACACCGGGCAAACUUUAGACUUAUAUGUAGGAAAUGCCUGUCUGUCAGCUGUUUAUUCUUACAGCUGUGUCUGAGCCAUUUACUUUGUAAUGGAAAAAAAAAACAUUGAGAGAUACUGGUCACAAUAAUUGCUUAUAACCGAACGAUUUGUUCUGGCCUUAAUCCAGGCAUUUGGGCAGAUUCAAAUCACUGGCAGAAAAAGUAUAACAUUUCUGUCCAGGCCAUAUUUUUUUGUAAUUGAGAAACAUUAGUUCAAAUUAACAAAAUAGUGAAUUAUGCCAGGUCACUGACAGAGGAAGAUACAUCUCUUUUUCUGGGGAACCAAACACAAGGUUAUUUGCAUAAGGUCAGGGUCACUAAUUGGAAAACAGAAUGAAGUUUUGCAGGGGUAUCAUUUUGUGCAUUCGCUCACAGUAUCUUUAAUUGUACCAAAUAAGUGCUGAGAUUUUUUUAGUAGAUGGUUCCACAUUUAUAUGAAAAUACCAACAUAUCACUCAGGCAUUGUUUUGAGGAAUAUGCUGCAAAUUAUUUUUAAACAAUUAAAAGCACUAUUUUGCUCAGGAAUACUACCUUUUAAUGUUUACAAUCAGACUUACAUUGUACCAGCAGAUCAGUUUUUAAUAUAGCCAAUACUCAUAUUUAUUACUCCUCUAUCCACAGAUAUUUUUUUAAUUCAAGUUGUUUAGACAUUAAAUAUUUUUAUGUCAAAAAUACUAAUUUUGAAGCAUAAUGUACCUUGUUAUGAAGAACUUGUAUUACU